CAAAGAAGCAAAUUUGGACCACAAAAUCUCCAAAGUAAAAGCACUCCUCCUUCCUCCCAACCCUCCACUCUCUCUCAUAAAGUCACAAGGAUAUCUUCCAUUAAAUGAUGACUCAGAUGCAUUCGAAGCCUAAUGAUGGGAUCACAUGUGUGAAAUGGGAUUUAUCAUUUUUAACACAGACUCCUAACGCCUUCUUUGAAACACACCCAACCAUCCUUUCUCCCCCAUAAAGCUAUGACAGACUGAAUUAAGCAACACGAAGAAGAAGAAGAUGUUUAGACCAAGUAACGCGGCAAUAGGAUACCUAAACCUCCUCACACUUGUCUCAUCAAUCCCAAUCAUCGGCGGCGCUCUAUGGCUGACUCGGAGCUCCGCCACCUGCGAGUCGGCUCUUCAAACCCCACUCCUCGCCAUAGGCUUCGUUGUCCUCCUCGUUUCACUCGCCGGCUUCAUCGGCGCUUGCUUCAACGUGGCUUGCGCUCUAUGGGUAUAUCUCUUUGCCAUGCUCCUAUUAAUCGCCGCGCUUCUAUCUAUAAUGGCGUUCGGGUUCGCCGUAACCGGCGGAGGCGGGGGCUUGCAGGUUCCCGGCCGUGUCUACCGCGAGUAUCAGUUGUCUGAUUACUCGGGUUGGCUCCGCCGCCGGAUCGAGGAGGAGAAGAACUGGCGCGCCGCACGUGCCUGUGUUAUGGGGUCCAAGGCUUGCGCCAACGUGGCGCGUUGGACGCCGCUUGAUUAUAUGCAGCGGGACCUCUCGCCGAUUCAGUCGGGAUGCUGCAAGCCGCCCACAUCGUGCACAUACGAAGGUGGGAUGGCAGUUGCGGAGCAGGAGCAGGACUGCUACAAAUGGAGCAACGAGGGCGACGUUCUCUGCUACGCCUGCGAUUCAUGCAAAGCCGGCGUUUUGGAGCAGCUGAGAAGCGCGUGGCAUAAGCUCUCCCUCCUCAACGUCGUCGCCAUCAUUUUCCUCAUCGCCGUCUAUGCUCUCGGCUGCUGCGCUUUCCGCAACGCUCGCCGCGCCAUCUCCGACUAUCCUUAUGGAGGUAAUAGCAUGUCCAAGAUCGGCCCGCGAUGGGAUUACUACUGGGGACGGUGGUGGAGGGAGAGAUGGGAUCAGCUUUGGCGAGGGUUUGGGGAUGAAAGUAUCCGAUUGGAUGAUGAUUUUAUAGGUAUAAAUUGAUGAGGAUAUAAGUUUGGGCAUAGGGGUGUAAAUGAGUUAGUCGUCUUCGAGUGAUUUUCUGCUACAGUUUGGGUUUGAUUCAUUAGUCUUGUUUGAGCUCGAGUUCGGGCUUCUAGAUCUGUGUGUUCGAGCCGGCUCAUGCGCCGAUCUGUUUAUUGUAAAAU